CAACCCACAGGAACGGCAGAGAUGGCUUUUAGCAUCAGCCCGGCUGAUUAGCGUGCUCGUGGUCGGUGUAGUAGUAGCGAUGAACUCCGUCGUCCCGCUAAGUUCAGUAAGUAGCAGCAUCACUUGAGAAGGAUCUGUAGGGGGAAGCCCAAGGUGAUUGAUCAGCCAUGGCGGAAUCUGCUGGCCUGAACAAAUCGUCCUCCCGCCAGCUGUGCCCUGGCAUCCAGCUGUCCUACCCCAACGUCGUGCAAGAGUGCUAUGCUUCUAGAAGCACGACCGGAUAUUCCGUCUUCGUCAUUCCCUUCAACACCAGCUGCGACAGCUUCCUGCUGCUCCCCGCGGAGCAGCUAUGGAGUCCGGCGGUGCGGUCCGCGUGGUACCUGUGCGGCAUGCUCUACUGCUUCGUGGGGCUCGCCGCCAUCGUGCGCGUCUUCAUGGCGGCGCUCGACCGCAUCGCCAGCACGCACGCCAUGGUGAGCCGGCAUGACCCCAAGACGGGGCGGGAGGAGCGGCGGGUGGAGAAGGUGUGGAACAGCACGGUGGUGAACAUCGCCCUCAUGGCGCUCGGCACCUCCGCGCCCGAGAUCGUCAUCGCUGUCGUCGACGCCCUCAAGCGCCUCAACCAGGCGCCAGGAGUGCUCGGGCCAGGCACGGUGCUGGGGUCAGCGGCGUUCAACCUGAUGGUCAUCUCAGCAGUGUGUGUGGUCACCCCUGGCCGCCACUCCAUCAAGCGCAUCCGAGCUGUUGGGGUCUUCCUGCUGGAGCUCGCCGCCAGCACUUGGGCCUAUGUUUGGAUUCUGCUCGUGCUCAAGGUGUUCUCCCCUGGCCGCAUCACCAUCGUGGAGGCAUGCAUCACGCUGCUCUUCUUCCCCCUCUUCAUCCUCCUCGCCUACGCCCAAGACCAGCGCUGGCGGUUCUGCCAGCUCUGGCCGCGCUGGCAGCUGUGGAAGCUGCCCGUGCCAUUCUUCUCCCGUGCUGCCACCCCCCACCCCCGCCGCGGCUCCCUCACCCGCUUCAAGAGCCACGGCAGCAGGCAGGCUCUCAUUGUGCCCGCUGCUGCUCAGGGCAGCAGCAAACACGCAGCUGCUGCUGGUGAUGGUGGUUAUACUGAGGGGGGUAGUGCAUGGUGGGAUGUGCUAUGGCGGGUUGCUGGCAGUGGAACGGGAGACGAGCAGGGGGCAGGAGGAGGAGGAGGAAGAGGAGGGGAAGUGAAGGGGGCGGGCAGCGACGGUGGUGUGGGAGCAGUGUGGGAGCCCCAGGCAGAGGUGAAAAUGCAGAGGGGGGCUCAGACGGGGGGGGACGGGCUGACUGGCGGUCUGCAGACAGAAGGUGGAGAUGGGGUGGGUGUUGGGGAUGGCAUUGGCGUUGGAGUUGGUGCUGGUGCUGGGGAUAGGGACAGGGCAAUAAGCACGAGCAUUGCUAUGAGGGGCACGGAGGAGGUUGUGGGGGAGCAAGGGGCGAUGGAGGGGGAUGGGCGCGGGUCGCAUGGGAGCUGGGACCUGAGUGACUUGGAGGGCGUGGGGCGGAUGGGAUCGGAUGAGCAGCAACGGCAACCUAAGCAAGCAUCAGAGAUCCGCCCCAUGGAGCCAGCAGCAGCGGACCAAGGGAGAGCUGAAGCAGGCCCCAGGUCGGUUGCUCUCAACAUGCCACCAGCACGGCCUCAGAGGUCCAACAGCAGCAACCUGCGCCGCAGAUCAUCCAUGGGGAUCUCUGCUGCUGCUGCCGCUAUUCAGCACGACUCACCCGACCAGUCACUCUCACGUUGCCUCGGGCAGCACCUCUGGCUUCGCUCCCAGCUCACUGGCCUCGCCCAGUCCCCUGCCCCUGCUCCUGCCGCCCCACCACCGCCCCGUGCCUCGCCAGUCCCACUCUCUCUUGACCAACCGCAGCAGCAGCAGCAGCAGCAGGAACAUCAGCAGGAGGAACAGGAGAAGGCCGAGGGGCAUGUGAGGGGGGGAGGGGCAGUAGGCGACAGACGAGUGGGGCAGGUUGCUGAGGACACAGGUGCUGUAGACCUGUCACAAGAGGGGUGGACCUUGCUGGCACGAUCAGGAGAGAGGGAGUUAUGCAGGUUUGAGCACAGGGCUGCUAGCACCAGUGGGGCCAGCAGCAGUGCGGCAAGCAGCACCAGUUCUCCGCCCCAAGCCCUCAACUUCCUGGUGUACACUGCGGAACCUCCCCACCUCCUUCUGGAGCUGACAAUUGCGCGCCCCCCUCAUGGCACCGCCCGCACCAACCAUGCUGGCCAAUCAUCCCCAUCAGACCUCCAUGCCGCGCUCCCACCCAAGCCAUCUGCUUCAGCAGCAUCAGCUCAUCUUGCCAACGCAUCUACCACUCCCACAGACACCUCGUUACAAUCACAACCCCCCUGGUUCACGUCAGUGGCCCCUCUUACACUCCCUUCGAUACAGUCACGCACCAGGCACACGUCUUCCUUGCUGUUGAAGAGCCCAAGUGCGGCAGGGAGCAGCAGGGGCGGUGGGACAGGAGGGUGUAAUGUCGAGGGGGGGAUGAGGGCGGUACUAGACGUGGCAGUGCAAGUGGAGGGUGGGGAGGGGUUGGAGGUGGUGGAAGUGAAGGUCACUGUGCUGAGUUUGACCUGCGAAAUGCCGCCACAGCAGCAGGAGUAUGGAGAGCUGCUGCUGGAUGGUGCCAGCACAUACUCGUUGUCCUCAUACUCCCCACCAAAGAGGCUGGGCCUGGGGGAGGCGUGGCUGCAGCAGAUAGAGAACGCACUGUCGGUCCAGGUGUCGGAGAAGAGGGACGUGUCACUGCUUGACCUUGGACUCCACUUGGUCUCCUUCUACUGGAAGCUCCUCUUCGCACUCAUUCCCCCGCCCUCCCUCCUGCGUGGCUGGCCAGCCUUCAUGCUCUGUCUCUGCUUCAUGGCCGGCAUCUCUUUCCUCAUUGACGAGUUUGCAAGGCUCUUCGCGUGCACAUCGUGCCUGCAUCUCUUCUCGGUUGCCACCGUCCUCGUGGCUAGUGGAACAUCAUUGCCUGACCUCCUCGCGAGCAGAACUGCUGCCAGACUCUCGCCCUCUGCUGAUGUAGCCAUUUCGAACAUCACAGGAUCAAAUGCCGUGAACGUUUUCAUUGGCCUUGGCCUGCCAUGGCUGAUCAAAGCAGUUUACGACAAAGCGGUCUUUGGUGGUCCGAUUCCUGUUCCACACAUUUCGAACCUUGAGGUUUCUGUCAUAGCUUUCUUGUGUACCACUCUGGUCUUCGCUGUCAUCAUGGGCUUGAGGCGCAACCUCAUCAGUGGGGAGCUUGGGGGUUCAAGAAGAUGGGCCUGGAUAGCAUUCACUGUCUUUGUCCUCUCCUGGUGUGGCUUUAUUGUUGUGACAGUUGUAAUGAGCCAGAGGUACUAGUAAUCAUCCCUGCUCGCCUCCUGAUGAUGAGCUUCAUGGCCACAUACCGUAUUCCCCCAUAUAAAGUGUAAUACCAUUUCUGUCAUAGCUUUCUUGUGUACCACUCUGGUCUUCGCUGUCAUCAUGGGCUUGAGGCGCAACCUCAUCAGUGGGGAGCUUGGGGGUUCAAGAAGAUGGGCAUGGAUAGCAUUCACUGUCUUUGUCCUCUCCUGGUGUGGCUUUAUUGUUGUGACAGUUGUAUUGAGCCAGAGGUACUAGUAAUCAUCCCUGCUCGCCUCCUGAUGAUGAGCUUCAUGGCCACAUACCGUAUUCCCCCAUAUAAAGUGUAAUACCGUAA